AUGCGACAACCAGCUAUGCCGAUCCGCUCGCCGUUCGAGUCGUCGAUCGCGAAGCCCGGUCAAGGCAACGUGGUGCUCUCUCUUCUUCCUCCGAACAACCCCACUCUCACAACUCUCACAUACAAAUACCCAUUAAAGUUGGUCCCAAGGGCGUCCAGCUUCGUGCCCGGCUCGGAGGACCUCGACGCGUCAGAGACAUCUUCCUCCAGACCAGUGCAUCUCUAUCUCCUGACAUACGGCGGUGGUCUACUGCCUGGGGAUCACAUCGAGGUGUCCAUGCAAUUGGAGCCCAGGACACGCAUGGUAGUCACCACCCCUCAAGGAAGUACCAAGAUUUUCAAGACCGAACCCAAUAAUGCCAACGGCAUCAAGUUAAUCAAGGGUCAUCGGGAACAAAUGCCAUCAAAUCAACAUCUCGCCGAUAUGAGUAAGCAAUCCCUUGAUGUCCGCAUUGGGCGGCAAGCGGCGCUGUGCUACUUGCCAGACCCGUCGGUGCCCUUCAAAAAUAGUCGCUAUGCGCAAGUGCAAACUUUCACCGUGGACGCCUCUGCCAGGGGCGGCGAGCGCAGCAGUCUGUGUGUGUUGGACUGGGUCACACAGGGUCGGACGUCCCGAGGCGAGAAUUGGGACUUUCGCUUCUGGCGCGGACGAAACGAAGUUUGGGCCUGCGACAAAAAGACGGGUCGCAAGCGACUACUGCUGCGAGACUCGGUUAUCCUGGACGACGAGACCGAUAAUGACGCAACGUCAGAGGAAAGCCUCACGGUAGAACAUGGCAGUACUGGACUGGACAGCCACUCUGCUCCUCCAGUGGGAAUUCAGCCACCACCGGCUGAGCACACAUCCUUGAAUGUGAUCAAGGAGCGCACGCGCCCACACGGAGUGGUUGGCACUUUGAUCAUGGCGGGCCCGGUGUUCGAUAGUUUGGGCUCGUUCUUGAUGCAUCAAUUCAAUUCACAGCCUCGGAUCGGAGGUCAAAAUUGGUCCUCGACCGCACAAUCGUCAGAACCCGACCCAUCGCUCAGUUCCAAGGGUGAAGUGACAUGGACGGCUGCUCGCGUGCGCGCGGGAUUUGUCCUUGUGAAAUUUGGAGCCAAGGACUUUGAAACAGCCAAGGACUGGCUUGGAGGUUUGCUCCGCAAGGAAGGCAGCAUUGUACGAGAAUUUGGCGAGGAGGCACUCUUCUGCCUUUGA